GAGGAGGUGUACGGAAGUAGCGUGCAAUUUUAUUAAGCAACAGACACCACCGCAUACCGGCGAAUUGAUAAAACGUCAUUAAAUUUAAUGAUCGACUUUAUCCGUAUUCACAGAACAAAUGCCAAAACAGCCUUAGCGUUGACUCUGCGAUUCUUUGUCGUUUUAUUUAUACUGUGAUAACUUGUCUUUGCAUUAAACAGAAUCAAACCUAACAGGUUGCUGUAGGUAUGGAUAAUUUUAAAGAUCCUGCCUCGCCUGCGAAGGAAAAGCGCGCGAAUAAUCACCAAGAUCACGACUCUCACUGUGGAACCGAUGUGGCGCGCGCACGAUGGGCUCUUCUACGACAGGUUCUGAAAGAGAAGCAGCUCGACAGCUCUGAUGUUCAGCAGGUGUCAGUGCGCAGGUUCUCCUCCUUUAACUUGUUCUCCAGGAGCAGGGUCACUACCACAGAGACGGGUGACCCAUCAGAUGGCCCGUGGGUGGAGUAUAGAAGUACAAUCUUUCCCCAGUACAGUGCCUUACUCAGAGACAAUCUUGGCCCCCUUAGAGUGGAUGAGGUGCUCAACAGCUUCGACAACACAGGGAAUGUCUGUGUUUGGCCCUCUGAAGAGGUGAUGGCCUACUAUUGCCUAAAGAAACGUCACAUGUUUACGGGCUCCUCGGUGUGCGAGUUGGGUGGAGGGAUGACAUGUCUUGCUGGGCUCAUGAUUGCAGUUUGUGCUGAUGUGAAGGAAGUUCUGCUAUCUGAUGGAAACGAGAAGGCGAUUCAAAACGUGCGCAGUGUUAUAGAGCGAAACAGGCUAGAUGGGCUCCUCCUGUCUUCCAAUGUGUCCACCAGGGUCGUGAGAUGGGACAAUGAGGAUGAUGUGUCUUCUCUGGAGGGUCGCUUUGACGUGGUGAUGUGCGCUGACUGCCUGUUUCUUGACCAGUACAGAGGCAGUCUGGUUGAUGCACUAAGAAGAUUACUGCGACCUGAUGGGACGGCUCUUGUAUUUGCCCCUACCAGAGGAGACACGCUGGCAGAAUUCUGCAGACUGGCAGAGAGCGCAGGCCUGUGUGUAUGUCGCUAUGACAACUACGACUCAAACGUGUGGGACCUUCACCUCAAGAUGCAGAGAGAAUCCAAGGAGGUGUAUGAUGAGAACAUCCACUAUCCUCUCCUGCUGACUCUGACUCACGGCUCCACUCCAGCUCUGAUCUGAGCUGGGCAAAGCCAUCUCAUGCCAGGCUGCCUUUCUGUACGGCCCACCCCGGCUUUACCACUGUGUCCCCAGCCCGGUGUGUGUGUGCGCCAGACCUCAAGCGGGCCGUUUUCACUCUCCUCAGUUCUGCUAACUUUUUAUAUCCGCCGAGUGUGUGCUUUGAAAACAGAGUGUGUAGGUGUUCAUCUGAUCUGCCGAGUGUGCGCGUGCUUGACCUGUUUACUGUGCGAUGAAAUGCGCUAAAUAGGGAUGAAAUCACAUCCCGCCCUCUCAUACUUCUAACACUGCAAAUGUGAGACUCAGAUGUGUGAGUGUGUGAUUUCAGAGAUGGUGAUUCAGGGGUAAACAUUAUGAGAUUAUUUAAAUUCAAGAUUUAAAUGUUGAGGUAGAUACACAUAGGUUUGCAAGUAGGCUUGUUUCGAUCAUGAGGUAAGUUUUGUACUAGCAUUGGUUUUGUAUCUAAAGGUUUAUUUUGACACCAAAGGUUGAGGGGUUGAGUUGGAUUCUGCUGUGCUGAAUGUUAUUUGCUUCACUGUGAAAUGCUUUCACUUGUCAUUGCUUAGCCAAAAAACUGACAAGAUAUGAUAAAUGAGGUCAGACUAAGACUGAAUUGAUGUCCUCACAGCAUCACACUACCAACGGUAUGACCAGCAGCACUGUUCUACACCGUCCUGAGGCCUACACAUUCAGAGAGAUGCAUUAAAAUAAAACUUUGUCGUCAUUUACUCACCCUUUUUCAAGUUUUGACCGUCACAGAUCCCAACCACUUUUGUUGUAUGUGAGAGAGUGGUAAGGGCAUUCUUUGUGUUCCACAGAAGAGCGUUUGGAACCACAGAUGAUGGUGAGUAAAUGUACUUUUUCGGGUAAACGUCUUUUGUAUUGUACAAAAUAAAGUGAUGGGGCAUAUCAAUAUACAUUUUUGUGUUACCUACUUCGAUCAAAUUAGUUUAAAGGGAUAGUUCACCCAAAAAUAAAAAUUCUGUCAUCAUUUACUCAUCCUCUUGUCAUUUCAGACCUGUAUGACUUUCUUCUGCUAAACACAAAAGAAGAUAUUUUGAAGAAUGUUGGUAACCGAACAAUGGUGGUACCCAUUUACUCCGUACAAUUGAAGCAAAUGGGUACCACCGUUGUUCGGUUACCAACCAUAAAUGAUGACAGAAUUUUCAUUUUUGCGCAACUAUUUUUUAUUAGUAAUAGGAACUCACGACCUGCCUAAAUUUUAAAGGGUAAGUUGAAAUUUAAUUCUGAUUAGUAAUGCAACACAAUAUUACUUGUAUACUGUAUGUAACAUGAUUUGUUUGGGGAGUCAAAGUGGACUACUAAAGUUAAAACAUAUUUUAUCAUGUGCCCAAUUAUUAAACUCUCUUAUGACGGUGUUUUUGUGCCACAUUUUAAUCUAAAAAUUUGAAGUCAAGUUAUGUCUUGAGCAUAAGGUCAAAUUUAAGGUUUUAGUGUUAUAAGAUUAAAGUCAAAAUGUAAUAAUGUGUGAACAAUGUAGAAAUAUACACUGCCCGUCCCAAAGAAAGUCAUACACAUUAAUAUUUCGUUGGACUGCAUUUAGCUUUGAUUACAGCACAAAUUCGCCGUGGCAUCGUUUCGAUAAGCUUCUGCAAUGUCACAACAUUUAUUCCCGUUCCGGGGUUGCAUACAUAUUUUGACAAGAUCUUGUAUUGAUGAUGGGAGAGUCGGACCGCUGCGCAAAGUCUUCUCCAGCACAUCCCAAAGAUUCUCAAUGAGGUUAAGGUGUGGACUCUGUGGUGGCCAAUCCAUGUGUAAAAAUGAUGUCUCAUGAACCACUCCCUGAACCACUCAUUCACAAUUUGAGCCUGAUGAAUCCUGGAAUUGUCAUCUUGGAAUAUGCCCGUGCCAUCAGGGAAGAAAAAAUCCAUUGAUGGAAUAACCUGGUCAUUCAGGUAGGCAGCUGACCUCAUUCUUUGUGCACAUAACGUUGCUGAACCUAGACCUGACAAACUACAGCAACCCCUGAUCAUGCCCAGGUGGUGACUUUUUUGGGGGGACGGGCAGUGUAUGAACUAGAAGUAUUAUGAGAUUAUCACAGGUUUUAAAUCCUUGCAAAAUUUGGUACGCAGAACCAAAUUAUACACUUCAGCAAGUUUGGCUAUGACUUUAGUCUCAUCAUUUUGUUACAUUAAUACUUUAAUCUUAUAAAAUAACUUAAUUAAAAUAAACUAAAAUAAUUUUAGUGUGAUUUAGAAUUUUUACAUUUUAAUGUCACUAAAAUGCUGUUGAAAUUUGUUUUGACCCAGUGCUGAACUAAAUGAUGAACACACUUUCCACUGUUGUUUUCUGCUGGUGCUGCCUCAUUCAGAGCUCUAUGGUUUUGUUGUGAAUUGUUUAGGGCUGUGUGCUUCUGCACUGUGAUUACAUUUGUACAAAACACAGAUGAGUCCAAAGUGAUUGUUUUACACUGACACUGCAGGUGCUUGUAACGACUGUGAUUAAAUCAUUGU